CCCGCAGCCGGGACCAGGCUGUGUGGACCUCGCCGCCACCCAUACGACCCUCGCCAUGCCCGAGACGUCUGACUCAACCGACACCGAUCAACACGAGCAGCCGCUGCUGCUCCCGGACCUGCCCGACGUGCCGCUGCUCGAGAUCCUCUCCUACCUGCCCCGCCAGGACCUGCUCGCCGCCGGGCUGACGUGCGCGCGGCUGGGCGCGCUGACCAGGGACAACGCGGCGCUGUGGACGCGCUCGUGGCCCGAGAGGGAGCAGGGCUUCGACGUGGUGAAGGGCCUGUCGCGGGUGGCGCCCCCCGCCCACACGUUGCGUUUGGCUCUAGGUGUGUUUCACGACGACCGUAAGCUACCCUUGAUGGUCAGUGAUGUGAAGUACGACCAAGACGAUCAGCCAGGGCGAGGGCGGGAGGCCCCACCGUGCGAAGUCGACGACAGUUCCGCCGCAGAGUCACCCGAGAGCUUGGCCCGCGGGGGGUUGUCGUGGAAUGCAACGGCCCGCACUGAGGACCUGGGAUACGGCCUCAUCCUCAUCCGGGAGCUUGGGCCGACGCUGACGCACCUGACUGUGUCAGAUCAUUUCUACCCCAAGUCUUCAGCCAUGCCCUCCCAGGUGCUUCUGGCACUGACGGUCAUGCCCCACCUGCGUUCACUCGUCCUGGACGUUGCGACGCGCAACCCUCCGCCCGAGGUGUUCCGGGACGUCCCCGCUGCCGCCAUCCCCGCCCUCGAGCUUCUCACCCUCGAAAACUGGGCGAAGCCCACCACGUGGUCCUUGGCAGAGUGUCAGCAGUGUUUCCAGGAGCUGCAGGAUCUGAUCCGCCGCGCACCCCUGUCGCUGCACGUGACAUGCGUGUCCAAAGACAUCGACCGUAAUGACGAGAAUGCUAGUUGGUUCAUUUCCAUGGAGUGCGAUGACCCGGCCCCUGGGGCCGAAUUACAUUUAGUGGUCCGGUACGGGCACCCCUGCGCGGCCGAGGCGGACUGCCCGCUCUGCGCCGAGGCCGUCGCGACUGUCCGCGCCAACCACCACCCGCAGUGGAGGUUAAUGGUUUUCUCGGGGGAACUUGGUUGGGAGAAGUUGCGAAGUGAAGAUUGGGUUAACCCAAUGAAAAUUUUCAGAGAAUCAGAUAUGGAAUCAGAUUAGGGAUUUACUUUAUUCAUGACUGAUUGCUAAAUUUUAUUAUGUGGGACAGAAGUACAGACAUUUCAUUGAUAACUAGUGCACCAACAGCUUCACCCUUCUCUAUAAAAAUACUUGGAGUGCAUUAUAACAUUUUGUAUCUCUAUUACCGCUAUAUAUUUUAAAAAUAUUCACAAAAAACACAAUUAUAGCAAGUAGUCGCA